UCAUCUGUGGUUAACGCGGGAAAGAAUAACUAAACGCAUUUGCACGGGAUAGAAAAAGCGUUGCUAUUCCUUGCUUAAAAUAAAUAUAAUACAAUAUGGUCGAACGCAUUGAAGACUUGAAUCUGCCCAACGCUGUGAUAGCGCGAUUGAUUAAAGAAGCCCUACCGGAAGGCUCUAAUGUAAGCAAAGAGGCGCGUGCCGCAAUCGCAAAGGCAGCUUCUGUUUUUGCAAUAUUUAUAACAUCAUCCUCGACGGCAUUGGCACACAAACAGAACCACAGGACCAUUACAGCCAAAGAUAUUUUGCAAACGUUAAAUGAACUGGACUUUGAGAGCUUUGUACCGUCGCUGACUCAAGAUCUGGAGGUCUAUAGAAAGAUGGUUAAGGACAAAAAGGAAAGUAAAGCCAACAACAAGAAGGAUGUUUCAGCUGGAGAUGCCGCUGCAAGUAGCAGCUCAGCAGCAGUAGCCGCAGAUAAUGAAGAUGCCACCUAACAGGUGGAGCAGGCAGCGUACUGGCUAUGACUUCUAAUUCGCGCGUUAUAUAUGCAUACAUAUAGGAAUUAAUAAUAGUUAGUGUUAAUAAUAGUAAGGCAUAUUUCUUAGUAUAAUCUAUCUCAUAUAUAAGCUUAAUAUUAAUGUUAAAAGAGUAAUACUAUGUGUGGUACUGAUUAAAAAGCCAUAGACUAUUGUCCUA